AUGGGAACUUACGCGCUUUCUGCCCUCCUGCUCAUCGAAGCUUGGGCCUUGAUCCAGGUCCGCGCAGGUUUUCAUUCCUUGCAGUUUUUUGCCACCGCCGUGUCCCAGCCUGGUUUGGGAGAGCCUUCCUUCAUCUUCGUUGGCUUCGUGGACGACACACAGUUCUUGUGCUACAACAACAAGGGGGAAAGUCAGAGAAUGGAGCCCCGCGCGCUGUGGGUGAAGCAGAUGGGGCCCGAGUACUGGGAGCAGCAGACCCGGACCGUCAAGGAAAUUGAAAAGAAUUCCCGAGUUAACCUGCGGGAGGCAAUGGGCGUCUACAACCAUAGCGAGGAUGGCUCUCAUGUCUUUCAGUGUGUGUCCGGCUGCGAGGUGGGGCCAGAGGGACUCUUCCUCCACGGGUAUGAGCAGCACGCCUACGAUGGCCGAGAUUACCUCGCCCUAAACCAGGACCUGGACUCCUGGAUCGCAGGUGACUCGGCGGCGCAGAUCUCGCAGCGCAAAUGGGAGGAAGCUGGUGUGGCGGAGCAAAGGCGAACCUACUUGAAGGGGGAGUGUGUGGAGUCGCUCCGCACAUACCUGGAGAUUGGCAAAGAGACUCUGCUAGGAGCAGAUCCUCCAAAGGCACAUGUGACCCAUCACCCCAGACCUGAAGGAGACAGCAUCCUGAGGUGUUGGGCCCUGGGCUUCUACCCAUCAGACAUCACCCUGACCUGGCAGCUGGAUGAAGUGGACCUGACACAGGACAUGGACCUUGCUGAGACCAGGCCUGCAGGGGAUGGGACCUUCCAGAAGUGGGCAGCUGUGGUGGUGCCUUCAGGAGAGGAGCAGAGAUACACAUGUCAUGUGCUGCAUGAAGCACUAACCCAGCCCCUUGUUCUGAAAUGGGAACCUCCUAAACCCACCAUCCCCAUCCUGGGAAUCACUGCUGGGCUGAUUCUCCUUGGAGUUGUGUUCACUGGAGCUGCAGCUGCCAUUGUGAUGAGGAAGAGCAGAGGUCUUCAGAUAAUAAUUCUAAAAACAUUCCCAAGGUUCUGA